UGGGGGGCGGGCCUGUCGUGGCCUUGGGAGCCCGGGGAGUGUGGAGCGAAAGCCCAGGCAGCGGCGGCGGGUCCCUGCCCCAGCUUUGCCUCCCUUCCCCCCUCGCUUGUUCGGGCCGGCGCCGGGAGCCCCGGAGCCCGAGCUCCGGAGGCGGCGGAGCGGCCGCGCCGCCCACGGGAGGAUGGAGAAGUAGCGGCGCCGGCUCCGCCGCCCGCCAGCCCGCGGGUUUGACUGAUAUGUGUUGAAAAUGGAAGUUUAUUUUUAUUUGAGACUGUUAUCAAAAACAGGGGAAAAUAAAAGAAUGAGAAAUAGUUCAAAGUUCCAAUGGCUGUCAUCAGUUAUUUUUUUAUAUUUGGUGAACCAAGCACAUGGCCAGAAAAGAGGGGUUCCUCAUGAUUUAAAGUGUAUAACCCAUAACUUAAAGAUAUGGGACUGUUCCUGGGAUGCCUCCUCUAGAAUAAACCAUGGUACUACUUAUGAAGUUUGUAUUGUAAACAGUUCUUAUCCCUGUAUUCAAACAGAGAAAACACGUUUUGAGAUUCCAGCUCUUUCACUUGCUGAUCAUGAAAUAAAAAUAAGUUCCGCAUAUGUUUCUGGGAACUCUGUGACUAAAUUUAUCCUAAAUGAAAGAAAUGUUUCUUUAGUUCCAGCCGCAUUAGAGAUUUUAAAUUUGACAGCUGAUUUUUCAACAUCUACAUUGUACCUAAAGUGGAAUGACAAUGGCUCUGGUUUUCCACGUCAUUCAAAUGUCAUCUGGGAAAUUAUUGUCCUAUAUAAAGAAGACAUGGAAGUUGCAACAGUAGCAACACUUAACACAACUCUGAUGGGUAAGGAUUCAGUCCAUCACUGGAAUUGGACCUCAGAUAUCCCUUUGGAAUGUACAGCACACCAUGUAAAAAUCAGAUAUUACAUUGAUGAACUUCAUUUUUUUGGCCAAAAAGAGUGGAGUGAAUGGAUUCUACUUACAAUUUCAGGUAAUCUAUGGGCUCCCAUAAAAGAAAAUAACGAGGUUUUUCCUCGAGACAAAGUGGUACCAGUAGGUUCAAAUAUGACGUUUUGCUGUAUUGUUGAGGAAACUGUGUUAACUGCACAGUAUGGAAGUGAAAAAUGUCCCUUUAUCCGCCUUGAUAAUAAAAGUGUUGCAAUCUGGAUCAACAAUAUUACCAUUUCUCCAAGUAGUGGAACAAAUGUGGUUUUUACAACAAAGUCAAAUGUGUAUGGAACAGUUGUAUUUGCAGGAUAUCCACCUGAUAUCCCCAAAAAGCUGAACUGUGAAACACGUGAUUUGAAAGAAAUUAUAUGUAGUUGGAAUCCAGGAAGACCAACUGGAUUGGUUGGCCCUCGUGAUACAAAUUAUAUAUUAUAUGAAAGAUUUUCUGGAAGAAAUGUUACAUAUAAGAGAGAUGAAGAACGCAUGAAUGAAAACCAUCAAUUAAUCUUUCAAAUGAUAGCUGGUCAGGAAAUAUAUAAUUUUACCUUGAAAGCCAGUAAUCCUUUGGGUAGAUCUGAAGCAGUAAUUUUGGUUGACAUAACUCAAAGAGUUUAUCCUCAUACUCCUUCAAAACUCAUUGUGAAGGAUAUUAAUUCAACUGCCAUUUUUCUUGAUUGGCACUUAUCUGGCAACUUUGCAAACAUUAAUCUCUUAUGUGAAAUUGAAAUUAAUUCAGCUCAUUCAGGGCAAGAAUUGCGGAAUAUCACUGUUAAAGGAUUAGAAACUUCUAGUUAUGAUGUUCCUGUGGAUAAAUUGGUACCAUAUACUAUGUAUACCUUUCGCAUUCGUUGUUCUUCCGAGAAGUUUUGGAAAUGGAGCAAAUGGAGUAAUGAAAAACAGUACUUGACCAUGGAAGGAAUUCCUUCAAAAGGACCAGAUAUCUGGAGAGAGUGGAGUGCUGAUGGGAAAAGUGUAAUAAUUUACUGGAAGCCCUUGCCUUUUAAUGAAGCUAAUGGAAAAAUACUUUCCUAUUAUGUAUCAUAUGGGUCAGAAGAAGAAACACAGUAUCUUUCUGAGAUCCCUGAUCCCCAGCAUAAAGCAGAAAUAAAACUUGACAGAAAUGAUUACAAUGAUUACAUCAUUAGUGUUGUGGCCAAAAAUUCAGUUGGAUCAUCUCCACCUUCUAAGAUAACUAGUAUGGAAAUUCCAAAUGAAGACCUCAAAAUGGAAGAGGUUGUUGGAAUAGGAAAUGGCAUUUUAUUUCACUGGAAUUAUGAUCUCAACAUGACUUGUGACUAUGUUAUAAAAUGGUGUAACUCAACUCGAUCUGAACCCUGCCUCAUAGACUGGAAAAAAUUCCCUGCAAAUAGUACUGGAGCUCUCAUAGAAUAUGAUAAUUUUCGAUCUGGAACACGCUAUCAUUUUUUCCUCUAUGGCUGCAAAAAUCAGAAAUAUCAAUUAUUACGUUCAAUUGUUGGAUAUACAGAAGAGUUGGCUCCAAAUGUUGCACCAAAUUUUACUGUGGAAGAUACGUCUGCAGAUUCAAUAUUAGUAAAAUGGGAGGACAUUCCUAUAGAAGACCUUAGAGGAUUUUUAAGAGGAUAUUUAUUUUACUUUGAAAAAGGAGAGAAAGGCACUUCUAAAAUCCAAGGUUUGGAAUCAGGUAAAUUGCGUUCUGAUGUAAAAGUUAAGAAUAUUACUGACAUAACACAGAAGACAUUGAGAAUUGUUGAUCUUCAAGGAAAAACAGGUUACCAUCUGCUCUUGCAAGCUUACACAGAUGGUGGAGUGGGUCCAGGAAAGGCCAUGUAUGUGGUUACAAAGGAAAAUUCUGAGGGAUUAAUUAUUGCCAUUCUCAUCCCUGUGGCAGUGGCUAUCUUUGUUGGAGUGGUGACCAGUAUUCUUUGUUAUCGUAAAAGAGAAUGGAUUAAAGAAACCUUCUAUCCUGAUAUUCCAAAUCCAGAAAAUAGUAAAGCAUUGCAGUUUCAUAAAAGCGUCUGUGAGGGAAGCAGUGCUUUAAAAACACUGGAAAUGAAUCCUUGCACUCCUAAUAAUGUUGAAGUGGUGGAAACGAGACCCACAGCUCCUAAAAUAGAGGAGGACACUGAAAUCAAAUCCCCGGUAGCUGUUGGUCCUGAAGAAGGGUCUGAUGCUGAGCCUGAAAAUCAUGUGGUUGUCUCCUACUGUCCACCAAUCAUUGAGGAGGAGAUAGCAAAUGCUGGAGGGGAGGAAGCUGGAGGCUCUUCACAAGUCAUUUAUAUUGAUAUUCAAUCAAUGUAUCAACCUCAGGCAAAACCAGAGGAAGAACUAGAAAACGACUCUGUUGGUGGAGCAGGCUAUAAGCCGCAAAUGCAUCUGCCAGUUACUUCUACUGUAGAGAACAUAAUUGCAGCAGAUGACUUAGAAAAAACUGCAGGUUAUAGACCUCAGGCAAAUGUAAAUGCUUGGAACUUAGACUCUCCAGACUCUCCUCGGUCUAUAGACAGCAACAGUGAAGUUGUGUCCUUUGGAAGCCCAUGUUCCAUUAAUUCUCGGCAGUUUUUGAUUCCCCCGAAGGAUGAAGAAUCACCUAAAUCUUCCAAUGGAGGAUGGUCAUUUACAAAUUUUUUUCAAAACAAACCAAAUGAUUAGCAAUAGCAUCGUGGGUUGCAUCAGUCUGCCAUCUCAAUAAGCUCUGACUCCUGGGGUUGUAAUAACAGCAGCACUGGUUAUUCUAGGAGACGUUCCAGUGGAGUAUUUUUAGUGAGAGGAACUUUACCACAUGUAAGUUACACUGAAAGUGUUAAUAUUGUUUUACUGUAGUCUAAAAGCCAAAGUAUAGCAACUCAGUAAUUCAAUUCAUGAGAUCCAAGAUUCUGAGUUUGGAUCUCUUUGUGAUUCCAGCCAAAGAAGCCUCACUUACUCUACCUUCAAGUAGCAUUUUCAAUUUAAUUAUUGCUUAAUACUUUAGAAAAGGCCCAAACUGUUCUACAUUCUUUCACUGAUCAUUUCUUCUUAUGUGUACAUCACUGAAUCCCAACCAGAAUGUUUGAAAUUGUAGACAGGGGAAAAAUGUGCAGAUAUUCCAAUUAACUGAGAAGAAUCACUUGAUUGAAAUUUGUUCAGAUUUAGACAAAAACCAAGCACAGAUCAAGUCACAUACGACCAUUUUUUCUCAUCAAUUAAUACAGUUUUAAAAACAUAACAGCAGCUAUUUUAAUUUUUGUUUGAUAACUAGGUCUCUAUGCCUACUAUAUAUAAUGGUUAUCAAAUUGUUGACUCAGGGGCACAAACUUGGAAAAAGAGUGUAACACUGACUUAUGCCACAUUUCUGAAUAUGGCUUUAGAACAUUCUUUUCCCCACAAAAUUUGUAACUCCUUCUUGUAACAAGGUGCCCUAAUGUAUAUGCUGAAUUGUUUAUAGUGCUAGGACAUUGCAUACAAAUAAACCCAGACUCUUGACAUUUAUUUUGUGAAAGUGCCAGUUUUAUAAAUGUGUGAACAAAGCACACACUUAAAUAUAAUGCUUUAGCAUCAAUUGCACUAAUUUCCUAUUUAAGAUUAUUCUUAUCAGCAAGAUCUAGCUAAACCAAUCACUACCACAGGUAGCAACAAUUGGCAUUAAUUUUCCAUGAAGAAAUGAUUCCAUGAAUUUUUCUCUUUAAGUAGUGAGCCAUGAAUUAAUUAUAUUUAAUAUGAGAAUAUGAUCUAUUUCCGAUUGUGGUCUAACAGUUACUUUUCUUAAACAGAUCAUCAGAACCACCUCCUUGGUAGAAUACUUACUGUUUUUGGUGAAAAAUUAAACAAUUUUUUUGCCUUAAAAUAAUCACUUGGUGGCGAUUUUAUAGUAAAUGCCAUGAAAAACUUCAAAUUCUAUUUGAUUUAAUUCUGUUAACCAUCAUAGAAGUAAAGAGUUGCUCUUAUCACCUAUAAAAGCUUGAGUGCCCUUAUAACAUAGAGAAUCAUUUAAACCUCCAAGUUUUUUCAGAAACAACUGUUAAUUCUGGGAAAUGACUCUAGGAAAAGUUUCAUGUCGAACUACAAAUUGGAAAGUGUUUUUUUA